GUACGGAUCUAUUGUCUCUUUAUUAUUCGUGUUUCUUGAUGUGUAAUCUAAGAUCUAUAAAUAGUAUGAACUCCUUACCGGAGGUGCAUCAGUGAAUAUUGUUUCAAUACAUAAGAAGAGUUCCCCUGAGCACUAUUCAUCAUCAUCAACCAAAAUGUCAAAAACCAACACACAUUCUGCAACAAAGAAAUUGGUAGUUGUUACAGGAUCCAGUAAGGGGAUUGGAUUUGAGAUAUGUCGCCAGUUUGCCACUAUUGGCUUUACAGUGGUGUUGACAGCAAGAGAUGAGAAGAGGGGUGUUGAAGCUGUGGAGAAGCUCAAAGGGUCUGGACUCUCUCAUGUGAUCUUUCAUCAACUUAAUGUGAUGGACCCUGCUAGUAUUGCUUCCCUGGCUGAUUUCAUCAAAAACCAGUUUGGAAAGCUUGAUAUCUUGGUGAACAAUGCAGGGAUUACUGGAAUUAUAUUAGAUGACGAUUCUUACAAGGCCCUGAUGGCAAUAGAUGGUCCUAAUGAAGUUUGGCUAGCCAAAUACAAUGAACUAGCAAGACAGACCCAUGAAUCAGCCAAAGAAUGUGUCCAAACAAACUACUACGGCACCAAAAGAGUGACUAAAGCACUUCUUCCCCUCCUUCAGCUAUCCGAUUCACCAAGAAUUGUUAAUGUUUCAUCAACUCUGGGACAGCUACAGUAUCUCACCGACACAUGGGCCAAAGAAGUGCUAGGAGAUGAGAAUGGUCUCACAAUAGAUAGAGUAGACGAUUUGUUGAACAAGUUUCUAAAGGAUUUCAAGGAAACCAAUGGCUGGCAUGCCUACACAAUAUCCAAAGCAGCUGUCAAUGCCUACACAAGAAUUCUGGCUAAGAAGUUUCCCAAAUUUCGCAUAAAUUGUGUCUGUCCAGGUUAUGUCAAAACUGACAUUAACUACAACACUGGGAUCUGUACUGUUGAAGAAGGUGCAGCUGGUCCUGUAAAGUUGGCUUUGUUUCCUGAUGAUGGCCCUUCUGGAUUUUUCUUUAUUCAAAAAGAAUUAUCAACCUUCUAAUAAUACAUGAUCAUAGUUCAUUUUCCUGAAAAAUAAGAGUUGCAGUUCCCUUGUUGUCGAUGUAUACUUAUAUGUUCCUUCUUUGUAUUAGAUUAGAUUGAGUAUGAAAAAACAAGAAAUAAGAUUUUGAUGUACAAUCUUUACAAUAUUUCAGUCCUUCCCUGGGUUUUGAUGUAUCAUCUUUUGUUUAAUUGUUUCUUGCCUCCUCUUACAUUGAUGUAUCAA